ACUGACCCUAACUCCAACCCUAACACUAAACCUAACUCCAACCCUAACACUCAGCCUAACUCCAACCCUAGCAGUAAACCUAACUCCAACCUUAACACUCAGCCUAACUCCAACCCUAACACUGACCCUAACUCCAACCCUAACACUCAGCCCAACUCCAACUCUAACACUGACCCUAACUCCAACCCUAACACAGACCCUAGCUCCAACCCUAACACUGACCCUAGCUCCAACCCUAACACUGAACCUAAAUCCAACCCUAACACUGACCCUAACUCCAACCCUAACACUGACACUAACUCCAACCCUCACACUGACCCUAACCCCAACCUUAACACUGACCCUAAACCCAACCCUAACACUGACCCUGACUCCAACCCUAACACUGACCCUAACUCCAACCCUAACACCGACCCUAACUCCAACCCUAACACAGACCCUAACUCCAACCCCAACACUCACCCUAACUUCAACCCUAGCACUAAACCUGACUCCAACCCUAACACUGACCCUAACUCCAACCCUAACACAGACCCUAGCUCCAACCCUAAUACUGACCCUAGCUCCAACCCUAACAAUGAACCUAACUCCAACCCUAACACUCAGCCUAACUCCAACAAUAACACUGACCCUAACUCCAACCCUAACACUCAGCCUAACUCCAACCCUAACACUGACCCUAACUCCAACCCUAACACUCAGCCUAACUCCAACCCUAACACUGACCCUAACUCCAACCCUAGCAGUAAACCUAACUCCAACCUUAACACUCAGCCUAACUCCAACCCUAACACUGACCCUAACUCCAACCCUAACACUCAGCCUAACUCCAACCCUAACACUGACCCUAACUCCAACCCUAACACAGACCCUAGCUCCAACCCUAACACUGACCCUAGCUCCAACCCUAACACUGAACCUAAAUCCAACCCUAACACUGACCCUAACUCCAACCCUAACACUGACACUAACUCCAACCCUCACACUGACCCUAACCCCAACCUUAACACUGACCCUAACCCCAACCCUAACACUGACCCUGACUCCAACCCUAACACUGACCCUAACUCCAACCCUAACACCGACCCUAACUCCAACCCUAACACAGACCCUAACUCCAACCCCAACACUCACCCUAACUUCAACCCUAGCACUAAACCUGACUCCAACCCUAACACUGACCCUAACUCCAACCCUAACACAGACCCUAGCUCCAACCCUAAUACUGACCCUAGCUCCAACCCUAACAAUGAACCUAACUCCAACCCUAACACUCCAGCCUAA